CGAUUCCUCUUCUCUGUUAAAAAACUCUCUCUCUCUCUCUCUCUCUCUCUCUCUCUCUCUCUCUCUCUCUCUUCUCGAGCCCUAAUACCCCUCUCAAGAGUCCGCUGUUAACCCUAAUCGGACUGUUCGAUCUCUCGCUAGGGUUUACAUCUCCUCUCUCCACUCUCUAGUCUGUGGAAAAUUUUUGGGGAAAUCCUCUUUGUUUGAGCAAAGGGAGCUUCUGUAGUCUCAAAUCUCACAGAUUCUCUAGCAACACCUAUUAAGCAGUGUCAGCCAGUCUGGCUGCUUCAUUGAUCACAGUGGAAUUAUAAUGCUUCAAGCAUGAGUUUGGCAGCAGAAUCUCCCGUGCAUUCAUCAAGCAGCAGCGACGAUUUCGCUGCAUUUCUUGAUGCAGAGUUGGACGUAGCUUCUUCUGACACUUCUCCUGAUGAGGAUCAGGAUGAUGAAGAAAAUGAUGAUGAUGAAGAAGACUUUCAAGAGCCGAGUGCUAAAAGGCAAAAGGUGGAAGAUUUAGAACCUACAAAAGAGCUUGAAGGCUCAAAUGUAAACACUUCAUCAGAACCUAUGGAUGAGGAUAUAUGCCCUCCACAUCCUGGUUUUAUUAAAGGUAUGUGCAUGAGAUGUGGACAGAUCGAAGAGGAUGAAUCUGGGGUAGCCUUUGGUUACAUUCAUAAGGAUUUGAGGCUGAACAGUAAGGAAAUUGAUAGACUGCGUGGAGUUGAUCUGAAGAACUUACUGGAAGCAAAAAAGUUGAUAUUGAUCUUAGAUUUGGAUCACACUGUACUCAAUUCAGCAAGACUUGUAGAAAUCUCUGCUGAAGAAGAAUAUUUGAGACAUCAGGCUCUAUCCAUGCAAGCCGAUGCAGAUAGAAGCAUAUUUGAAUUGCCUGGUAUGCAUCUAUUAACAAAGCUGAGGCCGUUCGUCCGUACUUUUUUAGAAGAAGCAACUAAAAUGUUCGAAAUUUAUAUAUACACUAUGGCUGACCGCGCUUACGCGCUAGAAAUAGCCAAGAUCCUGGAUCCUGAUAAAGUUUACUUCGACAAUAGGAUAAUUUCAAAUGCUGAUUGUACUAAAAGACAUCAGAAAGGCCUUGAUGUAGUUUUAGGAGCAGAAAGCCUUGUACUUAUUAUGGAUGACACAGAGAUCGUGUGGCAGAGGCAUAAAGAAAAUCUAAUUCUGAUGGAAAGAUAUCAUUUCUUUGCAUCAAGCCGUCGCCAAUUUGGUUUUAGUACCAAAUCAUUAUCAGAAACGAAGAAAGAUGAAAGUGAAUCAGAUGGCAUACUUUCUAUCGUUCUCAACGUUCUCAAGCGUGCUCAUCAAAUGUUUUUUGAUGCAUUUCUCGAAAAGAAGCUCUCAGCUAAAGAUAUAACAGAGUUAUCAUCAAGAGACGUAAGGAAAGUGCUUAAACUUAUAAGACAGGAGAUAUUGCAAGGAUGUAAGAUUGUUUUCAGCCGUGUUUUUCCAUCAAGUGCACGUGCUGAGGAUCAGCCAAUAUGGAAAUUGGCUCAACAACUGGGGGCUAUUUGCUCGACUGAGGUGGAUGCAUCGGUUACUCAUGUAGUUUCUACUGAUAAGACUACAGAAAAGGCUCGCUGGGCUUUGCAGAAUGGGAAGUUUUUAGUGAAUGUGCAUUGGAUUGAAGCCGCAAAUUUCUUAUGGAGUCGACAAAGGGAGGAGGAUUUUCAAAUUACCAGCUCUCCAAAGAAUCCGCCGGAUUGAUACAAUAUCAAUCCUUGUUGGUUGGGUAAUUUCUACGUUCUACUUCUCUAGCUGCUGUGUUAGCUCAGCUUAGUAGCUAUAAUCAACUUUUUAGAAGUUGCGACUUUAUUUUGUAAAUCUUGAAAUAAACUAUUGUGUUGUUGUUAGAUAGAUUGGAAAGCCAAUCCAUAUCAAUUUUAUCCCCAGGAUUUUGAUAGUUGAGCUAUUAUUCUGUUCCUGUGGAUUUGCAUACGUACACAUUGUAAAUUUGUUGUCUAGAUGGUAUUUUUAACAUUUUCUUGGUAA